GGGGUCGGACCCCCCUCUCCCUCCCCGUUAUGGGGUCUGAAUUAGUAGCCUACCACAGAGACCCCUCCGUCCCAGACACCCCCCUCACCCCCCUCACCCCCAUAGAGGGUGGGGGGUCACACCCCCUGGGGGUGCCGCUCCCCGCUCCCCCGCCCCAGCUGGCUCUCACGUCAUCAGCGGACCCCACGCAACCCCAGACGCCCCCUGGGGGAGAUAGAGAGAUGGUCCCCGUGGGGGAUAGCACCUACGUGGUGCCCUCCUCCACCCUCUCCCCUGCCACUCAUCCCCACGACGACUUCAUCUUCCUAUGGCAAGUUGUAAGCGUUAUCACCUGGGUUAUCGUGCAGCUCGCGAUAGCGAUACCAGCAACAGUGACAGCAGGAGGCGUGUGUCGUAACGGCAGCUACAGGCCCAAGACGCGCGUCUGGAAGCUUUAUUACGACCCCAUCCACGUCCUGCUCAGGAGCUCUCAACGCAGCGAUUUCCAGAACGCUGAACACCGCUACCAUCAGAGUGAGCUUUAUUACGACCCCAUCCACNUGUGCCUAGUGGCCGCCAUACGCACGCACCUGGACCGGGACGUGUGUCGGCUGGUGAAGAGAGAGCUCGCCACCAGACUGUGCAUGGCUGACCGCUCCUACUCGACGCUGGUAGACCUGCUGCCGGAGAAGCUUAUGAAGGCCUCGUGCAAGGACCUGCCGCUACGCAAGCUCAUCAAGAAGCUUGCGAUAGCGAUACCAGCAACAGUGACAGCAGGAGGCGUGUGUCGUAACGGCAGCUACAGGCCCAAGACACGCGUCUGGAAGCUUUAUUACGACCCCAUCCACGUCCUGCUCAGGAGCUCUCAACGCAGCGAUUUCCAGAACGCUGAGCACCGCUACCAUCAGUAUUUGCUAAGCAAGAAGAAGGUCUCAUCAGCAUCAGACCUGCAGCAUCUGUGGCCGGCGUUUGUGCUGCCGCGAGCCCUAGACCCUGACAUGGCAGACCCCAGGGUCUUCCUCAUCAACAAGACCCUACACGCCGUGUUCUUCGUCUACCUCUACAAGGCCCUCUACCAGCCCUACUUCAACCCUAACAUCCUGCCCUACCUCAUCUACCUCAUGGAGAUGACGCUCGAGUACCAUGUCAGCCGUCAGGACCAGCCUG